AUGGGCAUAUCUAAUACAAACUACAACUCUACCUUAGACAUUAACGCUGAUCUUAAAGAAGUUAAGGAAUUUAGACAAAGGUUUAUCAUGGGUAAUGACAAGCCAUCUAACCAGCUUUCUCAAAUUGCAUCUGAUUCAUUGAUUUCCCUUGAGCAAGAUCUUAUUAACCAUAUUCCUUACAAGUCUAUAAGCGAACUUAAGGAGAGCACUGAGGGUGGAAUAUUUGUUACCAUUGGAACUGUGAUUUCUAUUGACACUAGACUAGGUUGGUGGUACAAAGGGUGCAAGAUGUGUUUUCAUUCACUUAAAGAAGAUGAGAAUUCAUAUUAUUGCCAUGAAUGUGAUAUUUAUCCUAAUACUCAUGUUCCUCGUUUCUGCAUUCAAAUGAGAGUAUCAGAUGAGACAGACUCUGCUUCAUUUAUUGUUUAUGACAAGGAAGCCUCCAAAUUUCUUGAGAUAUCUGCUUCUGAGCUUCGUUUGAGACAGAUAUCAAAGGGUUGCGGCAAGGAUGAAUUUCCCGUUGAGAUUAAUUCAUUUAGGGGUAAGAAGUUUCUAUUCAAGAUUUCUGUGAAGCUUGAUGAUAUCAAUGCUUUCCAGCCAUGCAAGAUUACUGUUUUGAAGUUGACUGAAGAUCCAAAUCUGCUCACUUCUUUUUCUUCCAAGUACAAGACAUUUGAUAACACCCCAAUCGAAAAUACUGAGUUGCAGAGUUUGCAAACUGAUUCUACUGAUAAUUCUAAGGAGAUUAGUUCACAGUCUUGCGAAAUUAUUUCUCUUGAUGGCAAUGAUGACUUUGUAACUCCUAAGAGAGGUAUGAUAGCUGGUGUAACGGCAAAAAAUUUGCUGGACAUUUUCCCGGAUAAUGCCACUACUUCAUCAUCCAAAUGCCGGAAGCUCUCCAAGGAGUCUGAUUGUAGCUUUGUCAAAGAGCAUGUUGAUUAA